AUGCUCCACACGCCAAAGUGGAGAAGACGCAGAACCAUGCCGCCAGUACACUGAUUGCCCACACACCCUCAGGCAGCUCCACCAAGAUGGCAAUAUAGCAGAGCCGCAUCGCUUGUCCAUUAACGCGGCAGCGAUUGCUUAUAAGCGCCCUCCGCGACGACGUUCAACAUCCACGGCAUAAACGAUCUUUAACAUGUCCCAGUCAUCACCUUCGGUGUGGACCUGGGAUGCUAACCGCCAAGACUAUUAUUAUGUUACGAGAGACACGUUGGGCAACUAUAUCUACCAUUUUCAAAAAGAGCAAGCACCUGUGGAAGCCGACCCGAGGACGCCAUAUCCACAUGUGAAUAUUGAUUUCCGGCCACGAACCGACGAAGAGACCCUGCCAGAACUAGCACCGGCGGCUGUGAAGAGUCAUCCAGACUUCAUCAAAGGAAACCCACAGGCAGGCUGGCUUGAGCAGCUGGAUCCCAGUUAUCGAAUGAGGAGUGGCCGUGAAGCGCGCCAGUUCUUUAGGGUCGGCAAGGUGUUCGCCAUGCUGCAUAUACAAGCGGCCAGUGCAACGGAUCUCACAGCAUUAAGUGCCAACAUCACAGUCGUUCAGUACGGAGAGAGAGCUUUCUCUCAGAUCCGACGUUUCGUUAUAGUCGAUUCGCGUCGCGGAUUCGUCUAUGCAUGUCCUAUAUUCACCUACAGCAAGCGGGGUACCCUCAAACCUGGCUGCAUAUCAUCUGAGCAUUCGGUGAUACAUCUGUAUGGGUCCACGCCAACCAUGUUUGAGGGAGAAAGAGAACGCGGUCUUGAUAAAGAACCAAUCUGUGUCAAUCCGGCAGAUACCAGCGUGCGGAUGGACCCCGCAUCGCGAUUGCACUAUGGCAAGGUGUAUCCAAUCGAAAUGAAUGUGAAAGUCAAGGAUAUCGGAGACGUUAUCCCGGAACAACACUCCCUGCUUCUUCGGUAUUAUCGAGAGGAGGAUGGUCGAAGCGACAGUGAUCAUGACGGUGUUCAACAUGUUCAGGAGCCGCCGAAUUACACCUAUGCACAACAAGAUCAAAAUCAAACCUAUGCACAACAAGAUCAAAAUCAAGCAGCCCAGUCUUACUCAGGCUCAACUUCUUCAACGACAUAUUCGACGACAUAUCCAGCGACAUACCUAGCAGCGUACCCGGCGACGUAUCCAGCGACGUAUCACCAGGCACCGCAGGAUUAUCCCCCGCAGCAAUAUCCAGGCCGACACUACCAGGGUUCUUAUGGCUACCAAUAGUGCUUCGUUACUCAUACGUUUUCGUGUCUUGCGUCUGUCUCUCUGCACUAUAAUACGUUUCUCGGAUCCUUUCAUACCUUGAAUCCUCAUAACGGCCUGUUCGGAUUCUCAGCGAAAGUUCUUUUGACUGUCUCACAAAUUGCGAAUAUGGACUCUUAGCGCGCAAAUGGUUUCAGGAAACAUUCUGACCAUUUGUGGGCGCUAUUCCGUGGAAUGGCGGGGAUGCGAGAGGAGCAGGAUAAACGACGGCGCCAUCUGGUAACCCGGGAGGGCUAUCUUACCCGUGAGUGGCGCGCGUCAUCACGGUCGCUUUCCUUUUCAGAUUAGUUCAUAAGCCACACAAUUCACAC